AUGAUGACGAGAGUGCCAGUUUAUUCAUUCUCCUGGGUGUGUAUCCUGACAUUACUGGUCACCAUUCGUCUGUCCCAAUCGAGGGGCGCGUUGUUCCCUUCGCACCCCGCAAGGAUAGAGCCAGACAAACUGCGACUCGCAAAUCAGUACCUGACAUUAUCUCAGCGACAGCUCCGACAAACAACCGAGCAAAAGGAAGCGGCAGAUUACUGCACGACGGGCAACUUCACAGCUUUGUAUGACACCAUCCACCGCGACUUACGCUUCUGGCGGGAGACGGGCAUCACCGCCAAACUAAUGGAUUGGGUACUGGGCAACAUCUACAACUUCCCUGUCCGGCACAAAGGCGCAGGGAUCCUGUUUAUGGGCGGCAAGCCGUACAUCAUCACCGACCCUGCAAUAAUUAACACCACAGCCCACCACCAGCGCCUCAUCUCCUCGCACUUUGCGCUGUUCCUCGCGCUCUCCUCCACCUUCGGUUCCGCCAUCCCGGACGUCGAGUUCCUCUUCAGCACAGCAGACGAACCCGCGGCGCUGCUGCACUACCACGCAAACGGCACCGACCCGCAGCGCCUACCGCUGCUGCUCAGCUUCUGCAAGUCGCCGCGCUCCCACGCAGACGUCCUGGUCCCCGACAUACAUUUCUUCAUGAGGAACUUUACGGGGAACUUUCUGAGUGCAGCGGCCAACUUCAGCUCCAAGUGGCCCUGGGAGCGUAAGACGCCGAAGCUGUUUGGGAGGUUUUCGCCGUACGCUCGCGCAGCCAACCAGUACGCUCCGGAGCUGUACCGCAAGGGCCGUGAGGGCAAGGAAAUCUGCCGCAUGAGCGGCAACGAUCUUUUCUUUUGUGAUGUACGGAAGCAUUACAUUUGGGACUGGGCCAAGCGGGCCAAUAAGUCGGGGCUGCCCCUGGAUGUGGCACAACAGGUGGGCAGGGGUGAGGAUAGGGACAGCGUUUCUCCUAAGUAA